AGAAGGGAAGUGAACGUAUGCUGGUCUGGCCCAAACGCGGCUACAUCCCCGUGCCAGACCGAGGAGUAGUAACGCCAACGUUAGAAUUUUGUCUUUUGUUUCAUUUCUUUCUAUUUAUUUUGCCGGCGAAGGAUUCGAGCUCGGAGGUCGUAACAUCGUUGAAACUAGUGGCUAGUGAUACGGGGAUCGGGCCGGAAAAUACUGCGAGCACCGGUUUCAUGCAUGAUUUGUGAUCAAGUAGUCGAAAGCGUAUUCAGGCAGCCUUUACAGGCAUAUAAACAAAAAUGGAGCUAGGGAAAGACGAGGCGCAGAUCUGUCGCCUCUGUGGCCAGUACGAGAGCAUAUAUAUUGACGUGUUCGGUGAAGAAGGCACUAAGCGAUUUUUAGGUCUGAAGAUUCAUACUAAAAUCAACAUUCUGAUAGAUGAAAGGGAUCCUCUGCCCAAGGCGAUCUGUGUUCAAUGUCUGGGCAAGCUCGAAUUCGUUUGCGACUUCCAAGAGGAGUGUCUUCGCACCCAACAAGUGUUACGCGAUCGAUACAAUCUACCACCCUUAACAGAGAUUGCUGAAGUAAAGACUGAAGAUACACCAAGUGCACCAAGUACAUCUACAAACAAUAGUAACAAUGAAACCAAUAAAAAUCUUAAUUCUUCAAAUGAUGAAAACAUUAAAGAAGUAGAGCAACGUGUUCUAAGAACAGCUACAAAAGCUCAAAGAAAUUUAAGAAGUCAACAACAAGUAAGAGACAGUGAAGAAGCUACGAACGAUCAAAAUAGUGUUCAAAGUACGACCGAAGACAAUAUUGAGAAUGUACAAAUUGUUCAAAAUUCUGAAACAACUCCUACGCGAUGGCUUAGAAGUAGACAAAGUACAGAAACAAUUGUAAUAAAUGAUGCAACGAUUGAUAUACCAAUCGCAAAUAGACUUAGAAGUCAUGACAAUACUGCCACAGAAAUAACUGUUAAUACGUGUAAUAAUUCUAAUGAAAAUGAUGAUAAACCGAUUGGAAAACAGCAAGAUCCACAUACUAUUCAAAUUCCAACAUCAGCAUUGAAUAAGCUUCUCAGUAUCGUAUCGAAUUCUCCAAACAUCGAGGUUUCCGUAAAAGAAUCCAGAAAUCAAACCAGCGAUAUCGAAGAUAUUAGCUUUACUGUAGAAUUAUGUAAGAAGGAAAGCGACGAUGUAGCUACUGUCCGAGCGCGAGUAUUUCCGGAUCAAGGUUCUUGUUUAGUGGAUAAGGCAAUCGUUGGUCUUUUACAAAAUCAAAGUUGUGUGGAAGUAAAUAGUAUAAUAAAUACCAUUAUUAAUAGUAGCUUGAAGAACGGCAAUUCGACAAAAUUGAAGGACUCUGCUGAAUUCGAGCAAAAAUGGCAAGCCUCUCAAAAUCCAGAAGAACUUUUUAGGAUUGACGGUGAAGAGAUUCGUGUCGACGACAACGUCGAGCAUAUCGUCACGGAUAAUCAAAAUGGAUAUUCUUGUAAAUUAUGUUGUAAAUUCUACGAACGCAAGGACAAAUGUAUGGUUCACGUGAAGACCCAUCUUGGUAUUAAACAGUAUACCUGUAUCCUGUGCAACGCAAAAUUUGUAUGCAAAUCUGAUGUAAUGAAGCACAUUCGAUGUUCGCAUACUAACCCUAGGCCGAUACAAUGCCCAAAAUGUCCAAAGAGAUUUAAGUCAAAGUUUUAUUUAAUGGAACAUGACAAUGUGCACAAGGGUGUGAGACCUUAUUCUUGUACGGACUGUGGUCAGAGUUAUCACCACAAAGUAUCGCUACAGAUUCACAUGAAAUCACAUUUACCUCCGCAGAAUUUAGCCUGCGAAUAUUGCGGCAAGGUGUUCCCGUACCGUACGAGAUUAUUAAGUCAUAUAGCUAGCGUAAAAGAAAAUGAUGGACUACCGCAGAUUGUUUGUAUGCGAUGUCUGGGUACACUGGAGUUCUUAUGUGAUUUUUAUGAGCGCUGUCAUCUUGUUCAAAAAGGAUUUUCGAAAGCUAGUCAAAAUACAAGAGAUGAAAAGUUUCAGGGAGACAGUGAUGUAGAAUCAGAUAAGGAGAACACUGUCCCAUCAAAGAAUGGGACCAAAUGGAAGGUCAAGGUUUCAUCACCUGACGAUCUAAAGAGUACAAAAAAUUGUCUUUCUGAAAAUAAUACAUAUAAGACUGAAAGGAAAGAGAAAAGCGUUAAUCUCGUAGAUAAUAAUUCAACUACUAAUAAUUAUUCAGUUACACAAACUACAGUACAAUUAAGCAAUGUAACUUCAUAUAAAGAAAUGCCAGGAAAUGAUCAGCAUAACGUUGGUAAUUUAAAACAUAGGAAUUUAAAAAAUAAUAUUGUAAAAAAGCCUGCAAUUCGUACAAACUUAACGAAUAAGUCACUACAAAAAAAUGAGAAGAAUAUUCGUAUCAAAUCAGGUCAGCCAGCACAAUGUAAAAGAGGGCGGAAAAGUAAAUUCGAGAAGAUGAGAGAGAGAAUCCGAAAUGAUUGCUUUUUUAAGGUCUGUUACAAAACUGAUCUGACAAAGAAGAAUGAUAAUUUUGAUAACAAUAGAAAAAACAAAAAUUUGCACGAUGAAUGCAAAAGAAGUUGCCUGCCUGCUAUUUAUGAUAAUGAUAACUCUAAUAAUGUGAUUAAUAAUGUUAUGACUUUGCCAUCUCAAAUCGACGCGGAACAGUUGAUUGAUACUCCCUUAAAUACUGAUUUUACCAAAAGUAAUGAAGCUCAUAUAGUGAUUGAUAAAUCACUAGAAAUAAAAUCUAAUAAUGAAAGUAUGGAGAAACCUGGCAAUUGUUUGAACAAUACAGAAGACUGCUCUGUAAAAUGUAAAGCGAUAUCGAUUAUUUCAAAAGAAGUAAAAGGAGAAACAGAAGAUACUUCUCCUUUUAAACAGAAUGAAAAUUUAAUGAAGGAUCAAAGUUUGCUGGCAAAAGAAUCUAAAAAAACUGAAGAUAGUGAGACCAAUUUAAUAACAGUACCUGAUAGUAAUUCUGAUAUAGAAAUUAUUUCCGUUCAUAAUAAUCAACAGUCUGAAUAUUCUGAAAUAUUCAAAGAAAAAAAUCGUAUGGUUGUUAUAAAAUCUUUUUCUAACAAAGUAUCAAAUCCAAAGACGAUACAGAAAGAUUGUACAGAAGUUUGUAUUGGGUUAGAUAUAAUAGAUCAAAAUACCAAAAAUGAAGAAUGCAACGUUCUCAAUAAACGUUCAUUAUCUCGACUCAGUCAAGAUAGUUUUAGUGGAACUAAAAAUAAAAAUAAACCGUUUGGUAAAAUUUCCAAAUUAAUAAGUGAUGAACAGAAACAAAUCAUUGAAACUUAUUACGUGGUGAAUAUGUCAACAAUAAACUCAGAAGAAGUACAAAAAAAUAUAACGGUAAUUGAUAAAAAGAAUAUACGCUGCAAUAUUUGUGGUAGCCUCUAUUUUAGAAUGGAUAAGUGUCAAGUACAUAUUUGGGGACAUUUACAAAUGAAACCGUAUCAAUGCAAAGCUUGUGAUUUUGCUACAGUUACUGUUAGCAAUGUUCGUUGCCAUAUUAGAAAGAGUCACUUAAAAAUUAAACCAUUCGCGUGCCAUCUUUGUGAAAAACGAUAUGUAACUGCUGUAUUAUUAGAGGAACAUAUUAAUACUCAUACAGGUGCGCGUCCAUACAAGUGCGAACUUUGUGACUUUGCAAGUUCCAGUAGACAAACGCUAAAUUACCAUAGCGCUACUCAUAAACCACUAAAGGACGUUAGCUGUAAAAUUUGUGGGAAAGAGUUUUAUUCAAAAACUAGAUUACGCGCGCACAUGAUUGUACAUAACAAGGAUAAAGCUGUUAUGUGUAAACUAUGUUCUGCUUAUUUAUCUAACGCAGAAGCAUUAGAAAUGCAUCAUAAAAAUAUUCACAUGCAAGAUUAUGUAUGUAAUGUAUGCGGCAAACGUGUCAAAUCAAGAAAAGCUUUGUACAAUCAUCAAAAUGUUCAUGCUGCAGCGAAAUAUAAAUGUACUUUAUGUCCAAAUGUGUAUAAGAGUAGCCAAAUACUAAAAGAACAUCUUUUGAAGCAUGAAGGCAUCAGAAAGUAUAAAUGUAAUGUUUGUGAAAAAUCGUUUGGUCAACAAUCUCAUUUAGCUGCUCAUAUGGCAGUACAUAGUAAAAUUAGAUUCCAUUGCCCCGGAUGCAGCAAACCUUUCAAUCGUCUGGAUAAUAUGAAAAUGCAUACUAAACGAUGUAAACCAUUUUUGACAAAUCCAGAUUUAAAGAGACUUUUAAAUAAGAGAGAAAGGACUAUAUCGUUCGAUAACGUAGCAGAAUUAACUGCAGAACUAAAGACUGGAAAUAUGACAAAUUCCGUGUCUUCAAUUUCUGUACAAAAUCAAAAUGGUGAUAUAUCAGUAAAGACUGAGGAAGAGACUGUAUUGAAUCUUUGCAAAUUAGGACUGAAUAUCUCUCCCAUUGAAACGACAGAUGAAACAUGUAAUUCUGAUAAGAAAUAUAAUGAAAAAGAAGUGACGAAAUCUGCCGAUAUUAAUGUAGUUAAAAUUGCUAAUACUAAUGACAGAUUAAUUCCAGAAAAUGAAAAUUUGCCAGUUUUUGAAAAUAUCUUAGGGCCGGAAAAUUAUUAAUAACUUUCUUAUUAAGUUAUUACAUAUAUGAACAUAAUUAAAUUUAAAUAAUGAACAUAAUUCAACAAAUUUAAUAAGAAAGUUAAAUUAACUGUUAAUUAACUUAUUAAUUCAGUUAAAAGGUUAACAACUUUCUCGUUAAAUCAUGUUCAUUAUUUAAAAAUAAAGAAGAAAAUGUAGAAAUAUUUAUUUAAAAACAUAACGUGUUUUCGUAUAAAAGUAUCAUAUAACAUUAGAUCUUAAAUAUUAAAAUUGCCAUAGAAAUAUAAGAAUAUUUUUAAGUUUUAACUUUCUAAAUUUAAACUUAACGUUAUGUGGUAUUUUUAUACGAGAACGUGUAUUUUUUCAUAUUCAAGUAAUUAUUUUGUUAUUUGUGAGUACCGAUUUUUGUUUAAAAAGUCGCCUCGUUUUAAUGAAAAGUUUAACAACCAAAGAAAACGUUAUAAACCUGUUAUUUUUUUAAUACCGUUUUAAUAACGUUAUGACAUAAGGUAAAAUGAUACUCUUACGCUUAUACAUUCAUAAGUAAAGAAAGAAGACUGAUAAUCAAUAUGUAAUGUAUCUAGAUUUAUAAAUAAAAGUUCCUAUUUAAAAUUAGAUCAAAAUUAUAUUCAUUUAAGCAAAAACAAUUUCUAGUUUGAGGGUACGUUAACAUUUUCAUUGUUAAUAGUUAUAGUAAGUAAUGAUAACUUUUUAAGGUAUUUAAAGUUUAGGCUUAGAAGCUCAAAAUGACAAAUUAAACAGAAUGCUUGUCACUUAUACCAAAUAAAGGUUAAAAGUUAAAUUAAGAAAUAAAAAUUGUAUUUUAAUACGCACA